GUAACACACGUGGAUCGUCUUUCUCCAUUCCUAUUAUUCCCGAUAUCGAGGGAUAUACGAGCCAUGACGACGGAGGCCAGCUGAUUAUCGUCGUCCACGCGAUGGCAACAUGGCGAACAUCAAGGUGGCAGUCCGUGUAAGACCGAUUUCCUCCAGAGAGUCGAAUUUAACGGGGCCAGAGGUGGUCGUCCACACAGAAUCGAACGAGAUCUCGCUAACGAACUUGAAAGUAUCUUCGAGCAAGGCCGGAGACAGUCGAGAGAGGGUUCGAAAAUAUGGUUUCGAUUAUUGCUUCGACUCGUCGAAUCCAGUGGCGCAGAAUUUCGCGGACCAGGCAAGCAUUUACCAAACACUUGGCCAGACGGUUCUGGACAACGUUUUCACCGGCUAUAAUUCCUGCCUGGUGGCGUACGGGCAAAGCGCAUCCGGGAAAACUUACACCAUGAUGGGGACCAAGGAGGAUCCCGGGCUCACGCCUCGCCUUUGCGAGGGACUUUUCGCGAGGAUCGAGGAGGAGAGGAAAAACGAGAGAAAUUAUGGGGUUUCUGUCAGUUACUUGGAGAUAUACAACGAGAGGGUGAGAGAUCUUUUGAAGCCGUCCUCGAGCACGGGAGGAUUGAGAGUUCGCGAGCAUCCUCGACUCGGCCCUUAUGUUCAAGGUUUGACCCAUCACGCGGUGCGCACCCUUGCCUCGUUGAUGUCCUGCGUGGAGGAGGGUACGAGGGCCCGGAGGACAGCGUCCACGUUGCAGAACCCGAGCAGCAGCCGCAGCCACGCUCUUCUCACGAUCGUGGUCGGCGAGGGAUCGGCGAGCGGAGGUGCACGGUCCUCGUCGAAGACCUCGCCGCCAUCUCGCGGCGGCAGCAAGCUACGACUGGUCGAUCUGGCGGGAAGCGAGAGCGCGGCUACCUGCGGUGGGGUUCACCGGCUGAAGGAGGGCGCGAAUAUAAACAAGAGUCUAGUGGCUCUGGGGAACGUAAUAUCAGCCCUUGCGGAGAGAGGCACGAGCCCAGGGAGUGGGCCAGGCAGGAGGUUCAUCCCUUAUAGAGAUUCUUCGCUUACUUGGCUGUUGAAGGACGCACUUGGCGGAAAUGCCGCUACCAUUAUGCUCGCCACUAUCUCGCCAGCGAGCGGAAGUUACAACGAGACAGCACGCACGUUGCGAUUCGCGCAGAGGGCGCAGAGCGUGGUCAAUCGGCCGAUGGUCAACGAGGAUCCGGUGGCAAAGAUCGUUCGCGAGCUCAGGGCCGAGGUGGCCAGGCUGAAAUCCUUGCUUCUGGAGAAGAACACGGAUCCGGAUGCGAAGGUGUUGUGCCGUUGCCAGAACACAGAUCGAGCAGAGUUCAUCGGCGAGCAAGUUGGAUCGUGCGAACGAAACGCGGAACGAAAUUCGAAGGAGGAGGAGGAGGAGGAGUUGGCGUUCGAGGGAGAGGAAAGUUCGAGGAAGAAUGGUGGCAGGAAGGUGAAGUUCUUCGCGGACGAGUCGUCGGAGAACACGUGUAGCGAGUCGGAGAGUUACGAGAACGUGGAGGAGGAGGAAGAGGAAGAGGAAGAGGAGGAGGACAGGAACGUUCUCGAGGAAUAUUUGAACGAGGCGGUGACCUUCGUGCGAAAUCUCAACUCCAUCAACGAGCGCGUCAACUCCGAGACGAGCACAAUGGACAGGCGUAAUCGGUGGCGAAGCGGAACCCCAUCCUCUUGGAAUCCUCUUCACGAUCGCUCGAAAUUCGGCCGAGGCGAGGAACCAACGAACCCGACACGGAUCGCCGACUUGUCGAUCGACGCGUCGACCGAGAUCUCGUACGAGAGGUGCGUGAAGGGUAUCCAGAGGCUGGAAGACUGCAUUCGAAGGAUCGACAGGCACAACGAGUUGCUGAAGGAGAAGUACGGCGUCGAUUGCGAAUCUGCUGGCGCUAGACCGGAUCUAGCGUAUCCUAGCACGGAUCCUCAUCGCGCGUCCACCAACGACGACCACCACGACUCGAAAGUUGUGGGGAACGGGACGAGGGAAGUUGGUUCGAGAAGUAGCUCGAGCGUCGCGGAAGGGCGGAAGGACGAUUUGGAGAGGAAGAUCUUCGAUCAGUUGAUGAACGUGGCCAAUUCCGUCCGGCGGAGUUCGAACGGGCUCUUGGAAAUUUCGUCCGAUGGCACGAAAUUUCCCGAUCAAUCUGCGCCUCGAGCGACCAAGGAAUCGUUCCACGGGGAACUCAGGGGAAAUCUCAGCCUCGAGGAGGCUUUGGCCGACGAUCGUAAAGACUUCGCCACCUACGAAAUUACGGGAAACCUGUCCGUGUGCGGGAGGGCGCCCCGUUUCACGGAUCGGAACAGUGACUUGGAUUAUUAUAACAGUUUGGACGAGGACGACUUGUUGCGUCGUUCGAGAACGUUCGAUCGUCCCCCUCGAUCGAGGGAUCGUGCGAUUUUCUUCGACGACGACGAUUACGACGACGACGAUUACGACGACGACGACGCGUUCUCGAGCGCGAGCAAUUACGAUUCCACUUCGAAACGGGAGACGAGGACGAGUGAAAGUUGGGAAAACGCGAGGAGAAGAAAUUGUACUCCCGUGCAAGGGUGGAAAAGGUGUCGCGAAACGGACGAUUAUCCGCGAUGCAGGAUGAGGGAAGGGGGUUGCACGCGCGGUUCGAGAGAUAUCGAGGCCGGUGUCGAGAUUAUGCCGUGUGAAUGCAAAUUGAGAUAUCCGGCAAGUCCGAGGGCGAGAUUUCUCGAGCUUUUGCGGGAGAGGCGGCGGAUCGUGGAAUGCAGCCGUGGCGCGUGUGCCUCUUGAACCGCCACACACACCCUCCUCCCCUUCUUCUCUUCAU